AUGACAACAAAACGCAUCGAGAAUCCCAUCCCCGAGCUCUCCCAGCUCAGUGAGCUAAUAGACUCAACCUCCGCCUCUACAAACCCCCAAGCAGCAACAACCCUUCAAAUCCUGCACAACCUCCAACAUCAACACCUCUGGACAUCCCUCCAAAUCCAUGCAUCCCCCUCCAAUAGCACAAGCUCAGGGCCCCAAGAAUCCCGCCCGCCAUUGAUCUCCGGUGUCCCCCCAAGCCGCGUAUACACCCACCCAGACGAACAACUAUACAUGUUAGAGCAGGGUCUUCGCGAAGACGAUCUCCGCCCAGAAAGACUAGUUGUGAUCCCCACCGCGCAGGGCCAGAACUGGUCUCUUCGCCGUAUGGCUGCGGUUUUCGAUGCACUUGAUGAGAUCACAAUUGCCGCAGAUGAUGAAGCGGACUUCGAGACGCGGCCGCCUGUUGAGGGUGACAAGGUGCAGAAGCUGGAAGAGUAUUACCAGCGCAGGGAGAAGGCCAAUGCUACACUGGAGUGGGGCUCGAAGCGAGUACUUUUGGGUAUGGUGAAUAAGGGGAUGGGCGGUGAUGGGACGGUGGUUUAUUAUAUUGUGCAAGGGGGUGAGGUCAAGCCUCGACAGAACUAA